AUGUAUGUGUAUUUGUAGGAGUUUGUCUUUUGAGUAAUUGAAUAUUAAUCUCAAAUUCACAGUCUUUUCCAUUUAAUGUCGGAGAACGUGUCAAGUUAAUAGAGCGUGAUGAACCUCUUGAAAUGAAGCGUGUGGAUUCUAUAUUUAAGGAAAGAAUUGAAAGACACAAGGAAGAAUUGGCAGAGCUUGAUGAAGAAACGAAGCUGAUCAGGCGUUCUUUACCAAAUGUAGUUAAAUCACAACCUGAUGGUGUAUCAGGUCACACAUACUAUGAACAAUACAACAUUUCUUCUGGCACAGUCAAAUUGGGAGACUUUGUGUAUGUUAAAGGAAGAGACACUGCAAAGAAAUCAAUUCGCCAGAUCUGCCAGUUAUGGGUCACAGUUGAGGGAACAUGCUACUUCUUGGGCACCAUUUACAAGAGUGCACAUCACAGCAAUCCUAGUGGUGAACAUUUAUUCUAUAAGCAAGAAGUUUACCUCACUGCAGGAGUAGAGACUCUACCUAUCUCAGACAUUUCUGGGCGUUGUGCUAUACUUGACUAUAAGGAAUACUGCUCUGCCAGGCCAACAGAGAUACGUGAGAGUGACAUAUACAUCUGUGACAACUUUUUGGAUGAGAUGAACCAGCGUGUUAGUGCACUGCAAAGUGGACUCCGCAAGUUCAAAUUAUCUUCAGUUGUAACUUCUGAUGAAGUUUAUUUCUUCCGAAAACCAGUUGUUAUUCAUAAGUAUGAUCCUACAGUGCCAUUGGUGAAGAAACAGCCUUUGAGUUAUGAGUCUUCUCCCAUGACCCCACGAAUGGACAUGGACUAUGAAGACUCUAUGGAUGGUCCACCUCCUUCGGUGGCAUCUGUAGAUUCUGGAAUAAUCACUGGAACUCCAAAAGCUCUCAAGAAACCCCCAACUGGUAAACAAUUUCAACAAAUGACAGGGAAGAAACAAAUGACUGGAUACAUUUUAUUUUCUGCAGAAAUAAGAAAAAGUAUAACACUAAAGAACCCAAAUGCCAACUUUGGUGAAAUUUCACGGUUAGUUGGAAUUGAGUGGAAGUGUUUAACAGAAACAGACAGGAAACUGUAUGAGGACCGAGCUCAUCAGAUGAAUUUGGAGAGUGCUGAGAGAGCCUUAAGUGGCAAUGGUCCAGACUCACCUCAAACUACUCAGCAGUCCUCAACUCCUGACCUCCCCUUGCCUAACAACCCAGAUGUUGUAUUUGAAUGCAUGUGGGAAAGCUGUGACUACAUGUUUGAAGAUCUCUAUGAUCUUAGUGAUCAUCUCUUACAAGAAAAUGGAGGUCAUGUUCACAAAGUAUCACAAGUGUUUGAGUGUGGUUGGCGUGGCUGUUCAAGGCACAAGAAGAGUUCACUAGCUCCAUUCCCAAUGGUGCAGCGUCUGAUGAGGCAUGUAAGAGAGGUUCAUAUCCAGAAAAAUACAGGGAGAAUUAUACAGCACCAAGAUCGCUCAAGAAAUUUUGUGGCAUCAUCACGUCGUUCCUUGGUUUCCCAGGAGCCUCCACAGACCACCCCUACUCAGACAAGCUACCCAACAUCUGGCUCACCACACUCAAACAUUCAAGGGUUGCUUCAAGGACGAGCCAGUUCCUACUACACGGGAAUGUCAUCUUAUCCAGGCUGUAAACCUGGGUCUGCCCUUGUUCCUGGGCAGAGUGGGUAUGGGAUCUACCCACAAGCAGGUAUUAAUGGCGGAAGUGUUACCCAACGUACAUGUGAUCCAAUCUUCAUUGCACCCCCUCCAAAGACACAUCGACUGCUGCACUCUGAAGCUUACAUCAAAUACAUUGAAAAUCUGGAUAAACCUUUUCUAAGCAAUUGGGAGAGACAUCUGAUGGCAACACAAGAGAAUACUGUUAUAAAUGAUUCAGGACGUCUUCCUGCUAACUGGCUGGCAAAUGGACCAGGAUCCCAUGGCAUGGUUGUUACUGCUUUGUGGGCCCUCAGAGAGUACAUGAUGAAGGACUCCUUAGGCAUCGCAAAGAUUUUGUGACCCGAUACAAGGCAUGGAGACAUGAGAAAGGAGGAGAUUACAAAAUUAAUCUGUGAAGGUAUUGGUACUCCAGCCAACACAUCUUCAGUGGGUGGUCUUCCCAAAGGAUUUUCAUUCACAGUAUCAACUUCAGUCAAUGAACUUGGCUGAAUGUUUAUUCAAUCAUUUUUUAAGUAGCUCUGUAGAUGCUGUCAGUAUCUACUUCUGUAACUGACUUGGCUGAAUUUUCAGUCUCACAUUUUAAGUGGUUGUAAAGAUGCCAUAACAUUGCUAUCACAUAAGUAAAUGUCAUAAUUGUCUUUUUAUUGUAUGUCAUUCAUUUAUUAGUGCCUAAUGCCAGGGCUGUAUACAUGCAGGUAAUUUUUUUUUUUUUUUCUUUCUUUUCUUUUCUUUUUUUCUUUUUUUAUUUUUUUCUUUUUUUCUUUUUUUCUUUUUGGUGGGGUGGGAGGGAGGUCUUUUCUUUCCAAAUUACUUGUUCAUUGUACUCAACCCUAUUGUGUCUUUGACUUAACAUAAGAUUUGUACGAGUUUUACGUUUCAUAGCAGUAUGCAGUGCUUCCUAUGCACUGUGAUAAUCAGGCCACCUUUGUUUACUUUGGAUGAAAUGGUUAAUUAUUUUUACACAAGGGAUGAAGGUAGAGGAAUGUCUCACUAUUAAAUACUUUCUUUACUUAAGUACUGUAAUACAGUUUAUGGAUAACAGAAGAUUAACCUUUCAAUAUCAUUCUCUUCAGGGACUGCAAUGAAAUAAGAUGUUUUAUUUGUAAUUUUGAUAUGUUAUUUAGAUUCAAUAAUAUGUUGUGGAUUUGAUCUUUUUAGAUUUUCCAUUUUUAAUUUAGAAAUAAAUAAAUAAAUAAUUCAAGUGCA